AGAGUUUACUUCUUGCUAAAACUCAACAAAAAAUCGGAGUAUGGUGCCUCUUUAUCCAAACAAUGAAUAAAGACGAGAUUAAUGACAUUGCACGUUAUUUGACUCAACAAUGGACCAAUUUAAUACGCUCACGUACAAAAACAAACUUGCAUUCCAAACCGUUUCUAGAACAGUUGGAAUCAAAUAGUCGCGUCGUACUUAGACAUGAAGAUGAAACACUAUUGGAAAAAGCAUUGGACAUUAUUCCUCUUCAAAAACUAUACGAAGAAGCAGAGAUUAUUUUAGAGGAAAGAGAUGAAAAAGGGUCGUUAGAAGAUCAUGUAGUCCAACGACUGUUACACUGGUUUAAAACUGAUUUUUUUACCUGGGUUGAUAACGCUCCGUGUGAUAACUGUCAAAAUACUCAGACAAAAUCAGUUGGUACUACUCAGCCAAAUGAAGUUGAAUUGAGCUAUGGAGCCGGAAUGGUUGAAAGGUAUCUGUGCUUAGACUGCAACACCAUUACACGUUUUCCACGAUAUAAUGAUCCCGGGAAAUUGCUUGAAACGAGGCGAGGUAGAUGUGGGGAGUGGGCUAAUUGCUUCACCCUGUGCUGCCGUGCGGUAGGAUCGGAAGCACGAAUUGUGUACGAUACAAGUGACCAUGUUUGGACAGAGGUAUAUUCAGAAUAUGAACAAAGAUGGAUACACUGUGACUCAUGCGAAGAAGCCUGGGACAAACCUUUACUGUAUAGCGUAGGAUGGAAUAAGAAACUUAAUUAUUGUACUGCAUUUUCUGCAUAUGAAGCGUUAGAUGUGACGAAGAGGUAUACUAGAAACUGGGUUGAUGUUUUGAAUAGACGUAAUUUAAUAGAGGAAUCCGAGUUAGCUUUGUUUCUAGACAGAAUGACUGUAAAACGUCAACAACAUUUUGAUCAACCCAAGCGGGACGAAUUAAGUGCUAGAAGACUAAAGGAGUUGAUUCAAUUAAAUGAAGAUGUUAAAAAGGUUAUAACUGAAGAUGCUAAUCUUCCGGGUAGACAAAGCGGAGCUCUGAUAUGGCGGACAAGUCGAGGAGAAACUUCUUUGAUUACUGAGAACUAUAUGGCUGAUCUAGAACAAAAUAAUGCUUUAAAAAAGUACCCAAUAUUUAUCCAAAACAAUGAAAGUCAAUUGGCCUUAUUGGGAACGGCUCACAUGCAGUGUGACAGUAAAUCAUUUAUAACUGGUGAUCCUAUUAUUCGACUUACUAAGGCAGUUUCAGACCAAAGAGGUGCCGUAUAUUGCAAACAAACUGUUGAUUUGGACGAUUUGGAAGGCAUCGAAAUCGAAUUUGCCUUUCGCAUCACGGAUGAGAAAGGAUUGCCAGCUUCAGGUGGUGCCGAUGGAUUCGCCUUUAUUAUUCAAGCACAAAGUGAAAGAGAAUUGGGAGGAGGUGGAUGCGAAUUGGGAUAUGGUGGUAUUAAAAAUAGUAUGGCGGUCGAGUUUGAUACAUAUCAAAGCUUGGAUCGAUGUGAUGACCCAUCCAGUAACCAUAUAAGUAUUCAAGCACGACUACCGCCGCUGGAAAAUUCAGCACAUCAUAGAUAUUCGUUAGGUCAUACAUCACGCAUACCUUUGCUUGCAAAUGGCAAAUGGAUGAAGUCAAAGAUCAGACUUUUGAGUAAUGGCAGUAUUGAAAUUGGGUUAGGAGAGUCUAAUGAUCAAAACUAUAUUCAAGUACUAAAGAUACAAAAUCAAAACUUCAAAAAAUAUUUGAAUGGUUCAAAGAAAGCAUGGAUUGGAUUUACUGCAAGUACAGGUGGAAUUUCCGAAAAUCAUGAUGUCCAGUUAAUAUCCAUUUUAGAGUAUCGCGCAUCUUAAUGAUUCCUCCCCUUUUCCCCUCCUUGUUGGUUGUUAUUUGGAUUUCAAUAAAUAAUUAUUUUUAGG